AUGACUUUUGCUUAUCAUGUUUUGAUCCCGUUUUUUGUUAGGGAAAAAUAUCCCAAUGUGCCGGUUUUGAGAACGUUAAUCGCAGGCGACUAUUUGUAUCCUAUUUUCGACCUAAAACUGGCAAGCCAGAUAGAGCGCCGCCCAAAGGUGUUCACGUUCGACCCCAUCGUGAUGCUCGUGAAUAAGGCUAUUGGAGCUCCCAAAGCAGACCUUGAUAUCCUUGCGAAUGGACCUCCAAGGUCUACUGACGGUCAGAAUGGGAAUGGCGCAGGCCGUGGAAUAAUUCCAGAGCUCCAUCGACAGCAUUUCCCCGGUCUUAAUGGCCCAUCUUUACCGCAUAUGAUAUCUAAAUUCAGUGAGAUCUUGGCCGCAAACUUAGAAAAGGAGUUUCCAAGGGAAAGCGGUGUCGACACGGGGUCUUGGGUAACGCUUGAUCUUAAAGAAUUUUACAUGCGGCACCUCACCCUUGCUUCGAUACCGAUGUUAAUGGGGACGCGUCUCAUGGAGGUUUGGCCGCGAGCCUAUGAAGACAUGUGGGAGUUUGACACCCACGUAUUGACGCUUACGUCAAACAUGCCUAGGCUAUUAAUCCCGAGAGCAUCCGCUAGUCGAGACCGAAUGAUCUCUUUCAUGGAACGAUGGGAAAGUGAAGCAUACAAACAUCGAGAUUUCUUUGGACUGGAAUCGGAAAAUCCGGCUUGGGACCCCUAUUGGGGAGCUAGACUGGUGAGACAAAGGCACCGCACGUUUCUGAACAAUGGUGUCAGCAAACGCGGACGAGCCGUUUUUCACUUGGGAGUCUUGUGGGCAACAAUUAACAACGCCGUCGCAGCCGCGGUGUGGAUGCUGAUGCACUGCCUGCUAGACCCACACCUCGAACGGCGAGUCCGCUCCGUAAUCGCUUCGGCUCAAAAUCAAGACGGCACGCUGGAUAUUGAUAGUUUAGCUUUGGACAAGCUCAUCAAAUCCCUAUUUCUUGAGACUCUGCGCUCAUAUGUCUCAGCACCCUCACUACGGGUAAUUCUAGAAACAAUUGAACUUGAGGGUUACACCUUUCGCAAGGGAGGAACGAUAAUCAUUCCGGGACGAGAACUGCAAAUGGAGGAAAACAUAUGGUCUGCUGGCGGGUCCUUGCCUGGGCCUUUGGAGUUCUGGCCGGAGAGGUUUAUCGACAGUAAAUGCAAUGACGAUAGAGACAUGGCAGCUGAAGCUAUUGGGCAUACUAAUUCUCAAGAUGAAGUUAAACGCGAUCCUGUCGUCAAAAACGAGGUGAAGCUAUCGGUAGAUGCGAUGACGAUCCCUGGUAAGAUACGGUCGAGGGAAAUGAGAGAACGUAUGAACUGGAUGCGUCCUUUUGGAGCGGGCACCACGCUUUGCCCCGGAAGAAACUUGUCAAUGUAUGAAAUGAUUAUUGGUAUGGCGACUAUGUUGUCGACAUUUGAGAUCGAGGUUAAUAAAGAAGCCCUACAUUCGAAUGGAAUGCCACAACCAAACUUUGACGUAUCAGGGGCAAUGCCCCCGGACAGGCCGUUUAUUAUUAGAAUGAGGAGGAUAACUGUUGUGCACUAG